AUGAAUAUUGAUAAAAUAAAAAUAUUUAAAUAUUUUUUUUUAUUAAUAUUAUUAUUUAUUUUAAUUUUUAUUAAUGAUAUUAAAUUUAUUGAAAGUUUAACAGGAUGUGAACAUUUAACAUCAGAUUUAUGUUUAGCUGCAUAUCCAAUGUGUAUGUCAUUGAUAUUAACUAGUUGUUGUCCUGGACAAAUUUCAUUAUGUUUAGAUAUUGAUACAGUUAUUAAAUAUUUAACAAAUAAAGAAUUAUUUUUAAAAGCAUGUUUAAGGAAUUUAAAUAGUGGUGUUUUGUAUGAGUUAUGGGGUGAUAUGGAUCCAAUACCUGGUUUUGAAAUUAUACCAAUACCAAAUAAAACAUGUUUAGAUUUAGGUUGUGAAAAUAAAGGUUUAGAUUGUGUUUUAAAACCAGUUACAAAUUGUAUUUCUCCACAUCAGUCUUCAUGUUGUGCAUCUGAGCCAACUUGUUCUAAUUUUUCAAAUAUAAUUAAUUUAAAUGAACAUGUUUAUGGUAAUGAAAAUUGUGCUAAUGAAUGUCCAGAUGGGUAUCUUUGUCGUUUUGUAAAUAAUAGUAAUUCUUGUUUACCAUCAUCUUGUGAUUAUUUAAAUUGUCCAAUUGGUACUGAAUGUAAAUUAUUAAAAGGUUUAGAUGUAGUAAGUUGUUUUAAAAUUAUUGAAAUUGAUAAAGGAAUUGAUAAUAAAGAUUGUAGUAAUGUUGUUUGUCCAGAUGGUUUUGUAUGUGGUAGUGCAAGUCCAACAAAUUUCUCAUGUGUACCACCUAUAGAUUCAUUUAUUUUAGAUUUAUUCGAUUGUUCAAUAUGUCCAAAAAAUUGGGUUUGUCACAAAUAUGGAUGGUCUGGAUUUUGUGUAGAAUUUAAUAAAGAUACACCUAUGAUUGAAAAUCCAUGUAUUGAUGGUUCUUGUUUAGAUUUUCAAUUUUGUAAUAAAACUUCACAAAGAUGCGAAUUUGAAAGAUGUUCACCAACAACAUGUCACCCUCAAAUGAUAUGUUUCCAAUAUCACCCAUCAUCACCUCGUGUUUGUACUGGUUCCGAAAUUAUAUCUCAAAUAUAUGCACCAAUAACAUUAGGAGAGUUUAAUCCAACAUUUGAAGAUCUAGAAUAA